GUUAACAAAUUAAUUGUUAGUAACAAUUUAAAAGCCGUAGCAAUACGAACGAGUGUGCUCUUAAUCGAUAUUGUCAAAUAAUUGUAGACAAUUGUGGUGAAAAGAUCAUUUUAAGAACGAAGAAUAAAUACUCGUUAAAAUAAUAGACAAAAAACUUAAAAGUAUUAAAGACUAUUUUAAUACUAUUUAAUAUUGCAAACUAAUAUAUUUAAAAAAGAUCAAAUAUUAAAACAGAAAUGAAAAUUUUUUACAUAUUUUUACUAGUGGCACUUACAGUCACCUAUUCCAAAGCUGAAAUUUUACAAUGUUACGUUUGCGAUGGCGACAAUUGCUCCGAUAUUUCAAAAAUGACCAAGGAAUCUUGUGGACCAGAGGCAAUAACAACACCAGAACCUGAACCAGUAUCAACAACGGAACCAACAAGUGGAACCGAAACCACCGAAUCACAGGAUACAACAACAGAAUCAGGUUCAGGAGAACCGGAAACAACAACGGUCUCUGGCGCAACAACGACUACUGAAUCUACAGUAACAACAACAACAACAGUUGCUCCAGAAACGACUACAGUUGGAAGUGAAGCAACAACAGAAGAUGCUCCUGAAUUAACAACUACUACUGCUCCGGAAACAACAACUUUAGAACCUGUUACUACAACUAAUAAACCUGAAUCAACAACAGUUGGUACUCCGGAAACAACAACUUUAGAGCCUGUUACUACAACAAAUACACCUGAAUCAACAACAGUUGCUGCUCAGGAAACAACAACUUUAGAGCCGGUUACUACAACAAAUACACCUGAAUCAACAACAGUUGCUGCUCAGGAAACAACAACUUUAGAACCUGUUACUACAACUAAUAAACCUGAAUCAACAACAGUUGUUGCUCAGGAAACAACUACUUUAGAACCUGUUUCUACAACUAAUAAACCUGAAACAACAACAGCCGGAGCUCCAGAGACAACCACUUUGCAACCCGAAACAACAACCAUUAAACCUGAAUCAACAACUGGUGUUGCUCCUACAACAACAACUAUUUUCGAACCAGAAACCUCAACAACCAUAGCAACCGAAACUACAACUGAUAAUUCUCCAACAACAACUACUGUUAAAUCUGAAUCGAUUACAAAUGAACCAGAAACAACAACUGUAUCCUCAACAGAAGAUCCUAAUACUAAAUCAAAACGAUCAAUUUCUCCAUCAGCUAUAUUGCUAAAUAAUUAUCGUCUUAUUUCCCGUAGACGUCGCGAUACCAGCAGUAUCGGCUAUAGUUGUUACUCUGUGGAAUAUAAAGACAAUGAUAAAACUAAAGUGAAAAAGGGCUGUGUUGCCAUACCAACUGAAAAAACUGCCUGCCAAGUUGUCGCUGAUAAGGUUGGCGAAGAGAACAUGAUUAAAGACUCCUGCAAAGUAUGCAUGAAUAAUUUAUGCAAUUCCACUUCGAUGCUACAGUUUUCCAUGCUUACACUGUUCCUGGUCAUAUUUGUUAAAUUUUUAAUGUAAUUUUUUAAAUGAAUUUGUAUUAUAUUUUUUAAAAUAAUUAGUUUUAUAUAUGUGAAAUGAAGCAAAGAAAUAAAUAAUUAAGAAUA